AUGCGCAAACUGAGAAAUCUUUUCCUUUUAUUCUUAGUUACAGCACCCAGGUUUAUACAGCACGAAAGUGGACUCACCUUCCUGUUCGGCUCCGCGCAAAUGUCUCGCACCAUAAAGAAGGAAAAAGACACAAAGCCGACCCAUACUUCUGUCGCUCUUGCAUCCUCCUGCGCGACAUUUGCUACCAAGUCGCUGCUGCAUCCCAUAGACACGACUAAAUGCCGGAUACAGCAUUCAGUGGGGAAAACAUUGCGUUCGUUGCAUCGAGAGUAUCGUGGCAAAUGGGGGCCUAGGUAUUUAUAUGGUGGAUUGCCCGUCAAGUUACUCUUUAGUGUUCCAUACCAGUCCCUGUACAUGACAACAUAUGCUGCCGCUAGUGGUGCAUUACUUCCCGAUGGCACUGCCAGUCCUCACAGUUAUUGGGUGUUUUUAGGAGGAACUAUAGGUGCUGCUUGUGCCGCUGAACUCGCUGGCUGCGUCUUGCGCGUGCCAAUGGAAACUAUGAAGAUGCGAUUGCAGGCGGGAGUGGUGUUAAACACCGCGGCUGCUUUUCGUCAGAUGCGGAUGCAUGGACUUCACGGUUUUCGUAGGAUGGUGCUGUCACAGACGCUUUUGCACGAUAUUCCCUACAGCGCCACGCAGUGGAUUGUAUAUGAAAGCCUUCGGCCCUGGACUACUCAGCUGCUGAAGAAUCAAAAGUCAGAUGAGCAAUCUGCCUCCGGUGUGGGCCCGAUGUCGCGGUGGUAUUCUUACGCACAGACCUUUUUGCGCACAGUCCUAAGCGGUGGAUUUAGUGCUCUAAUCGCUUCGACUGUCACUGUUCCACUUGAUGUUAUGAGGACACGAACAGUUGUUGCCGCUGCUGCAGAUCCCAAUAUAACCAUUUCUGCUGUUGCCCGUGAUGCUUACAGGCGGGGAGGUGCGCGUGCCUUUGUUCGAGGCUCGGCCACACGUGUGCUUUGGGUGACCAGUAACAUGGCUGUCUACUUUCCACUCUUUGAGCUUUUCACCACUUGCAUGUAG